AUAAAUUUAAUAUUAAAAUGAUCGCUAUUAAUCAAUAUGCGCUCAAAUCUAUCAUGUUAAGCAAUGUUACAAGAUUUUCGAGAAAGUUUUCUACAAACUACAAGUAUCUUUCAUUCCAAAUUUUUAUGGAAGAAAAAGAUAGAUUUAAUGGUAUCACUGUAGAUACUGCAUCAUUAAAACACUCAAAAGAAAUGUUUACUAAAACUUUAAAAGAAUCACUUGAGAAAUGGUCUUCAGAAGGUAGAAGGUGUAUAUGGUUCAAAGUUCAUAUAGAAGACUCAAAUUAUGUUCCUUUAUUAGCAAAAAAAGGUUUUAAUUUUCACCAUGCCAGAGAUGAUUUUGUGAUGAUGUACAAAUGGCUGCCAUCAGAGCUGAAACCAAACUUACCGCCGCCUUGUCAUACAAACCUUGGAGUUGGAGCAUUUGUUGUAAACGAGAAUGACCAAAUGUUAGCAGUAUCUGAGAAACAUUAUGAAUAUCCUCAUUGGAAACUACCAGGUGGAUAUGUUGAGAGAGGAGAAGACAUAGUUGCCGCUGCUAAACGUGAAGUUAAAGAAGAAACCGGCGUGGAAUCAACUUUCUUAUCAUUGAUUACGUUCAGGCAUACACAUAACAUGAUGUAUGGAAACUCAGAUAUUUACGUACUCCUUAUGAUGAAGGCUUUGACGGAGCAAAUAAGUUUGUCUCAAAGGGAAGUAAGUGAUUGUAGAUGGAUGGAUAUAGAAGAAUACAUAAAUCAUCCACACGUGCAUAUGUUUAACAGAUUGGUGAUUAGACAAGCCUUUAGUUGUAAAGACAGAAAUAUCAAACUAGAUAUACAAAAGAAAACAGUUAAAUGGGCAACUAAUACAAGAGUUAUGGACUUUUUAUGUGUCACUGAGUAUCAUCAAUAGUAGUUUAAUAAUAAGUAAAGUUCGAUAAUACAAUGAUUUUGUUAAUAUUGUAAAUAUCUAUUUAAACCUAGAGGUAAUAAUAUAUGAAUGUUAAGUUUC